AUGUAUUCCGAUACCUACAAAAAUAGUUUUGCUACUGAUGUCUUGGAAUACCUCCAUUUAUUAAAAAUAAGUGAAACUUCAAAUAUAGGUUCUACAACUGAUUACAGCGCAACAGUAACUUUAAAUGAUGAUAAUAAGGAUAUAGAGAAAAAUUCCAUUAGUAACAAUAAUCAAAAUUCAUUGAUCCCCACAAGUAGUUCAGCUGAAGAAAAUACUGAUAAUGAAACAAUAAAUAAGGAUCCAUUUUUAGUAGAUUGGAAUGGAGAUGAAGAUCCAGAACACCCAUAUAAUUGGUCUACACCUAAAAAAACCAUAAUGAUUUUGCAGGUGAUGCUGCUUACUGCUGUAACAUAUAUGGGUUCUUCAAUUUAUACACCAGGUCAAGAAGCGGUUCAAAAGGAAUUCCAUGUCGGGCAUGUGGCAGCAACUUUGAACUUAUCAAUAUAUGUUCUAGGGUAUGGUAUUGGUCCUAUAAUAUUUUCACCAUUAUCAGAGUUUGCUACAUUGGGGCGUCAGAACAUUUAUAUAAUUACACUUUUCUGUUUUUGCAUAUUCCAAAUUGGAGCUGCCACAGUGAAGAAUUAUGGUGGUAUGGUUGUUAUUCGUUUCAUCAGUGGUAUAUUCUGUUCUCCUGCAUUAGCAACUGGGGGUGCAACAGUUACCGACAUUAUGAAACCUGAACUUGUUCCUGUAGUUUUAGGUUUAUGGGCAGUAGGUGCAAUUGCAGCUCCUGUUUUGGCACCAUUAUUGGGGGCAGCUAUCUUAGAAGCAAAGGAUUGGAGAUGGAUAUUUUGGUUACUACUAUGGAUGUGUGCCGCAACUUUGAUUAUUCUGAUAUUUUUCUUCCCAGAAACUCAUCAUGAUAAUAUUUUAGUUCGUCGUGCAAGAAGGUUAAGAAAAGAAACUGGUGAUCAGAGGUAUUACACCACAGCAGAGAAGAAGGAAUCAGAAUUGGAUAUGAAGAGUUUUAUAUUGUCUUCUCUCUACAAACCAAUAAAAAUUAUCAUUAAGGAACCUAUAGUUUUAGCCUUCGAUGUAUACAUUGCGCUUUGUUAUGGUAUUUUCUACCUAUUCUUCGAAGCCUUCCCAAUUGUGUUCGUUGGAAUUUAUCAUUUCACAGUUGUUGAAUUGGGUCUGGCAUUUAUGGGUUUCCAAGUGGGUUGUAUUUUUGCAUAUGCAAUUUACUUGAUUUUCCUUUCAAAGUAUUUAGCUCCAAGAUUCAAAAAUGGUUUAUUUGUUCCUGAAGAUUUCAUGGUUCUUUCAAUGAUUGUAAGCUGGUGUCUUCCAUUUUCCUUAUUCUUCUUUGGGUGGACAGCUGGUAUCCAUUGGAUAUUACCAAUAGUUGCCGAAGUAUUUUUUGUCAUUAAUACAUUUAACAUAUUUCAAACAGUUUUUGCUUAUUUAGGCAUGAGUUAUCCUGAACAUGUAGCAUCUGUAUUUGCUGGUAAUGGUUUAAUGCGUGCAGGGUUUGCAUCCGCAUUUCCAUUAUUCGGUCAAGCUAUGUUCAAUAAUUUGGGAAGUGAAAAGUAUCCAGUAGGUUGGGGUUCUUCAUUGUUAGGAUUCAUUGGUGUUGGUGUUUCUUUAAUACCGUUUGUGAUUUACAAAUAUGGUGCAUUUUUGCGUAGCAAAUCCAGUUUCACUAACUGA